AUGAACUAUUAAAUUUUCUUGAGAAUUCGAAAUUAUGAAUACGUAAACCCUAUAUUCAAAGUUGAAGAGUUCUAAAUCACUUUAAAGGUAAGAUAUGUAAAAUCUAAAUAGACACCAGGAACUAAGUAAACUGAAAAGUUCAUUUUUGAUAAUAUUUAUCAAGAUGCCACAACUGAUGAUAUUGUUAAAGAAAUAGGGUUUGAAUAAUUAAAUAAAGUGAUAAUAGUUUAUGGAUAAACUGGAAGUGGAAAAUCAUUUACUUUAUUUGGAGAUAUUCAAAAUCCUGGAAUAAUGCCUUUGAUUAUUAAAAAAUUAUUAGUUGAUAAACAUCAACUUAAAAUUAACUAUAAAUUCAUUGGAUUAGAUAUGUAAAGCAAUUAUGUCACAGAUGAUAUGACAUAAAUAAGCAUUUUUGAUAUGGAAACAGUUUGGGAAUAUUUAGCAGCAUUUUCUAAAUAAAAGCGUAAAGAACAUUUGAUUGUCACUUUGAUUAUAAAUUAAAAAGACUAAAUUAAAUUUCUAGAUUUAGCAGGACCAGAAAGAUAAACAAAAGAUCUUUCUGAACCAUAAAAGUAUUAAGAGGCUAUAUGGGCUACAUAGUAAUUAUAAGUCUUGGGAAAAUGUUUAAAUUCUUUUUCUAAAGGUAAAAUACAAUCAUUAGAAGAUUCAAAACUCACUCAAUAAUUAGGAUUUAAUCUUAAUACAUAAACCAUUUUAAUUGGUACUAUCUAUCCCACAAAUUCAAAUUAUGAUGAAACACUAUCUACAUUGCAAUAUAUAGAUAGAACUAGAAAUGCCAUUUAAUUUCCUAGAAAAGCUUCUGUAAGAACAUUAGAAAUCUCAAAAACAUAAACUUUGGAAAACCAAGUUAAGAUGUUGGAAUAUGAAAACAAAGAUUUAAAAGCUUAAAUGUAAAGACUCUAAUAAGAAUAGAAUAACAAAUUAAAAACAUUAAAAGACAUAUUAUGUAUUGAAUUUGAUUUGGAUAAUUUAAAUUGUUUAAGUUUUAAAGAAAUUCAAUAAUAUAAAAUAUAAUAAGAAGCAUUAAUUGCUAAUUAAAAUUUACAAAUUUAAUUAAAUGAAUAAUAAACAAUUAUUAAUUAAUUAAAACAAGAAAUUUCAUAAUUAAAACAAGAUAUUAAAGAUAAAUAAGAUAAAUGGUAAAAUUAAUUAGUUGAAUAAAAAUAUAAAAAUUUUAAAAUGAAUGAAUAAUGUGUUACUNUUAAUUAUAAAAAAUGAACUAUUAAAUUUUCUUGAGAAUUCGAAAUUAUGAAUACGUAAACCCUAUAUUCAAAGUUGAAGAGUUCUAAAUCACUUUAAAGGUAAGAUAUGUAAAAUCUAAAUAGACACCAGGAACUAAGUAAACUGAAAAGUUCAUUUUUGAUAAUAUUUAUCAAGAUGCCACAACUGAUGAUAUUGUUAAAGAAAUAGGGUUUGAAUAAUUAAAUAAAGUGAUAAUAGUUUAUGGAUAAACUGGAAGUGGAAAAUCAUUUACUUUAUUUGGAGAUAUUCAAAAUCCUGGAAUAAUGCCUUUGAUUAUUAAAAAAUUAUUAGUUGAUAAACAUCAACUUAAAAUUAACUAUAAAUUCAUUGGAUUAGAUAUGUAAAGCAAUUAUGUCACAGAUGAUAUGACAUAAAUAAGCAUUUUUGAUAUGGAAACAGUUUGGGAAUAUUUAGCAGCAUUUUCUAAAUAAAAGCGUAAAGAACAUUUGAUUGUCACUUUGAUUAUAAAUUAAAAAGACUAAAUUAAAUUUCUAGAUUUAGCAGGACCAGAAAGAUAAACAAAAGAUCUUUCUGAACCAUAAAAGUAUUAAGAGGCUAUAUGGGCUACAUAGUAAUUAUAAGUCUUGGGAAAAUGUUUAAAUUCUUUUUCUAAAGGUAAAAUACAAUCAUUAGAAGAUUCAAAACUCACUCAAUAAUUAGGAUUUAAUCUUAAUACAUAAACCAUUUUAAUUGGUACUAUCUAUCCCACAAAUUCAAAUUAUGAUGAAACACUAUCUACAUUGCAAUAUAUAGAUAGAACUAGAAAUGCCAUUUAAUUUCCUAGAAAAGCUUCUGUAAGAACAUUAGAAAUCUCAAAAACAUAAACUUUGGAAAACCAAGUUAAGAUGUUGGAAUAUGAAAACAAAGAUUUAAAAGCUUAAAUGUAAAGACUCUAAUAAGAAUAGAAUAACAAAUUAAAAACAUUAAAAGACAUAUUAUGUAUUGAAUUUGAUUUGGAUAAUUUAAAUUGUUUAAGUUUUAAAGAAAUUCAAUAAUAUAAAAUAUAAUAAGAAGCAUUAAUUGCUAAUUAAAAUUUACAAAUUUAAUUAAAUGAAUAAUAAACAAUUAUUAAUUAAUUAAAACAAGAAAUUUCAUAAUUAAAACAAGAUAUUAAAGAUAAAUAAGAUAAAUGGUAAAAUUAAUUAGUUGAAUAAAAAUAUAAAAAUUUUAAAAUGAAUGAAUAAUGUGUUACUCAAAAAACAUUAAUGAGCGAAAUGAUGAGAUAAAUGCAACUAGAAAAAGAAAUUUGUAUAAAAAAUGUGAUUGAAAAUUCAAAUUAAUUGUUAGAUGAAAAAACUAAUAAACUAUUUUAAUUGCCAAUUAAUGCUAACUUAAAGCAAUUAGACAAUAUUAAGAUUUAAGAAUUAAAAAAAUAAGUAAAGACCGAAAUGGAAUAAGAUUUGUUGAAACAAUUGGCAUAAAUGAAAAUAGACAAUUAAAAUAAUUUAUAAUAAAUGAAAUAAAUGCAUGAUAAUAUGUUAAAAGAUAAAAAUAAUGAAAUGGAUUAAUUUAUUUCUUAAUAUAAAAUGUAUAGAGACAAGAAAAAAAAUGUAAUAAAAGAAAUGAAAGAGGAGAUGCUGUAAAUGUAUGAGAUCAUGAAUAGAUAUUCAUAGUUAAUAAAUAAAAUUGAAAAUGGAUAAUACAGUAGUGGUAAUAAGAUUAUCACAAUUCCAAGAAAAGAUAAACCAGUUCAUCCUUCUUAAUCUCAAUUUAAACAGUAUAUAUAUAUAUGAAUUUAUUUUAGUUUAAAUCAUUUCCUUGAGAGAAAAAAAUCAUUUGAGAUUCAAAAUAAAAAAUCAUCAAGUGCAGAAAAAUCUUUUCUUUUAACUCCUAUUAAUAGGGUUUAAAGAUCUUAAACUACUUUUUAAGAUAAACCUAUAAUUGUUAAUCCAAGUGAUAUUGAACUAUUUAAUAUUAAUGAGAUGGAUAUACCUGAAUUGAGAGCUUUUAUAGUAAAAUUGAAGGAAUUACUUAAAAAGGAAUAGAAUGAAAAUAAAAUCAAAUCAGAAAAAUAAAAAUAAGAAUUAGCAGAACUAAAAAAAGGUAUUUUAUGAUAUAAUAUUGUUAGAUAGAGAAGAAAUUUAAGCUAAAUAUAAUGUAGAAAGUAAAAAAUACAAUUUGUAAAGAGUAACAAUUGAAUCUUAAAACAGACUUCUUACUAAAUUAAGACCAACAAGUUCACUCUUAAGAAAAUAGUCUUGA